CGAAACAUAGCCCUGGGAGGGAUAUGGUGGAUGAGGUGUAUUUUGAACUCUGCCUUCAAUUGCGAAGUUUCCUUAUCUUUUAAGAGUCAACAGGGUGGAAUGGCACAGGAGGGAGGGAGAAGACAGGAGAGGGGGAGGAGACAACACUAUCUCCAAUCCAGUCCUUGGAGUGAAGUUGGAACGAAAAGGAAAGCUUUUAAUAGGAGAGACACAGAGCUCAGCUCCACCUGAUGGGAACACCUUAGGCAGAGAAGUAAUAAGGAAGUUUAUUUUGGCUUUUGGAUCCGACCUUGAUGACUGCAAACUGGAUCAAUCGCCAGCUUUACGUUGCUCUUUAGCUUUGGCUCCGACUCUCGUCUCUGGCUACGGCUUACUUUUCUUUAUUUUGUUGCAUCACAUCAGCCAGGUAGGACUAAAGAUCUAGCUGGGGGGAAGGGAGGGGGAGAGAGAGAGAGACAGAGGAACGUUGUGAGCUCAAGGACAUGGGGGACUCCCAACUCGCCUGUUUGGAGGACAGUUACGUUAACAAAAAGAUCAGCGAGUCGAGAGCAGAUUAUUUCUACAGCGAGCAGCAGAGAUUGGCUGUGGAGAAGUUGGUGGUAGAGGAGGGAGAGAGUGACUUGAAGGAGGUGUUGAAGGAAAGCAAGCAUUUUAUCUCCCCCAAAGAGGCCAAGAAGAUCCGCAAGAGGUGGCAGCGGUACGGGGAGGGCAAGGAGGGCGACGGGGGCGAGGUGGAGGAUGGAUCGUUGACCUACUGGCCGGAGAAGAGCGACACACCCAUCCCCAUGCUGGACCUGGGCUGGUUGGAUAGCGUGGCCUACCGGGGGGUGACCCGAGUGGCCGUGCACACUCACCCUCCCAAAUACGGGGAGCCCUUCAUCAAGGAGAUCAUCCGCAACCUCAUCCAGGGGGCCAGCAAGAUGAUCGCCCUGGUCAUGGAUGACCUGACGGACGUGAACAUAUUCCAGGACCUGCUGGAAGCCAGUUACAAACGGUUGAUUCCUGUUUACAUCAUCCUCCAGCACAGCAGCCUGGACGGCUUUCUACACAUGUGCUGCUCACUCCAGCUCAACCACCUGCUAAUCCGAAAGCUGAGAGUGCGCUCAAUAUCUGGCCUGGGGCUGGGGCUGAGCUCGGGGCAGGUGAGGGGAGAUCUCGCCCACAAGUUCAUCUUCGUGGACGGUGACAAAGUCGUGUCCGGCUCUUACAGUUACACCUGGAGUUACUGGCGUCUGCACCGCUGUGUGGUGACCAUGCUGACAGGACAGGCGGUGGAGAGCUUUGACACUCUGUUCCGCGAGCUGUAUGCAGAUUCGGCCCCCGUUGACCUGCACGUCAGGCUGGGCAUCCAGAAGGGCUUCUCCCACUUCCAGGCCCUCCCCAGAGCAAGCAACUCCCCCCCUCACUCAGACCACCUCAAGAGGAAGCUCUACAACCCAAAGUACCAGUUGGUGAUCUCCAACAGGUCCUCCUCGACCGGCGAGCUGGGGCCUGGGGGGCUGGAGCUGAAGCCCGAGAACAGCGUACUGACCAGGGAGCGCCGGGGGAGCACACUGACUCGCAGCAAGAAGGAGACGGACGACGAAGAGAAGAGGAACCAGACUAUCAUGGAUUGGCUGCAACGCUACGACGUCAAGGGCCUCGAGGAGCCCGAGCCGGACCCCUUCACGGACAUUGUGAUCUCCAGGGGACCCGGAGCCAGGCCGGCCCCCAACACCAACCCAGCCAGGAAGAGCACCAGGAAACAAAAGCGGGCCAAAGAGGAGGGCAAGGAGGAUGCAAAGAAUCCAGAUGAGAACAGACACCGAGCUCUAAGCAGAGAAGGCAGCACAACCACCACCAAGUCCAAGAAGAAGGAAAAAUGUACCGUCUCCUGAGAGGAGGAGAGAUCAUGGGGAGAGUGUGUGUGUUGGGGGUGGGGAAUGACUAUGAAAUGUCUUGGGUGGGGGGCGCAGUUGUAGGGCAACAAAGGGGUGAAACAAGAGACCCUCCCCUCUCUUCCCCGCCCCCCAUCCUUAAAAUAUUAUCCCACCUUCAGUUCUCUGUGAUGUUUCUCAGUGUCUGUUUCGUAUGGGGUUUGUUUUAUGAUUGUUUUUAGACUGAGGUGGAAGUGAUGCAUAUUCUCGCUCACACAUGUACACACCCCAGUGCACCCCGGUGCACCCCAGUGCACCCCCACACACUCACACAAACACCUGUUCUGCUCUAUCUCCCAUGUCAGAGGGACCGGAACUUUGUUGAACAAAAUAGGAUGGGGUGAAACAAGAGACUGAGGAGGGGGAGAGAGGGGAUAGAGCGGGAAUGAUGGGGAAUGGGAGGGGGAGAGGGUAAGGAAAGAAUGAUGGGGCGAUCGGUAGAGGAGAAAGAGGGAAUGAUAACUUUUAAAACUGAGUCCUGCCUUCUCAGAAGUCAGAGCAUUUGUCAAUGAAAUAUUUUCCAUAUGUACAGUAUAAAUAUGUCUAUUUUUUAAUAACUGCUGGGCGGAUUGUUAGAUAAUAAUAAUAAUAAAACGGCUUGAAAUUUCAUCCCGAAUCUCACUCA